UUCUGAAUUUCCAUACACUUUUAAAGGAGAGAAAAAGAUGGAAUUAUAGACUCAUCAACCAUCCAAAAGAUGAGAAGAAACGGGAGAGGAAAAAAGAGAGGCAACCAAAAUAAAUGCUUCUCGUCACACCCAGAUACAGAUCUUCUCUCUCUCGUUCUUCCUCUCUUUCCCUCUCAUGGAACUCAGGGAGCAUCUUGCUCAGACUUUUAUUGAGUGGCUGAAGCCGCCGGGUUCGGAGUCUCGAGAAGCAAGGGAAACCCAACAGAUCGGAUCUCCUUACAGUGCUGUUGCUCAGCCUCUUCUCUCCGGCAUACUUCCUGCUCUCGAGUUCUCGUCUCACCGACACCACGGUGAAGAAGGAAUUCAGCGGUAUGAUGAUCGGUGCCUGCCCCUGCUGAGCCAAUUCGAGGAGAGGAAGUCGGCACCGGAGACAUCUGGGAGCAGCAGACCGAGCAGAGAGAGUUUUGUUGUGAAGAGAGAGGAAUUAGAAGAGAUUGAUGAUUGCCAACAGGAAAUGGUGGCGCUGCACAUCGGGCUGCCGAUCAAGCCGGCUGCAGGAGGAGGAGGAGGAGGAGCAGGAGCAGAAGGAGAGGGAGAGGAGGAAGGCUGCUGCUUCAUGGGAGAAAGGUCUGAGGAGAGUAAGAAGCAGGAAAGAGAAGAUGGGAAGGUGAAGGGCAAAUACUGGAUCCCAACGCCUGCCCAGAUACUCAUUGGGCCCACGCAGUUCACCUGCCCCGUUUGCAACAAGACCUUCAAUCGGUACAACAACAUGCAGAUGCACAUGUGGGGGCAUGGAUCCAUGUACAGGAAAGGGCCGGAAUCGCUGAGAGGGACACAGCCGACGGCCAUGCUGAGGCUGCCUUGCUACUGCUGCGUUCAGGGCUGCAAGAACAACAUAGAUCACCCGCGGGCAAGGGCGCUCAAGGACUUCAGGACACUCCAGACGCACUACAAGAGGAAGCAUUGGCACAAGCCCUACAGGUGCAGGAAGUGCACCAAGCCCUUUGCGGUGAAGGGUGACUGGAGGACCCAUGAGAAGAACUGUGGGAAGCUCUGGCACUGUAUCUGCGGCUCGGAUUUCAAGCACAAGAGGUCGCUCAAGGACCAUAUCAGAGCCUUCGGGAAGGGCCAUUCUCCUCACCCGUUUCACCACAGCCCUUUUGAGGAAGAGAAGGAAUGUGUCUCUGGAUCGGAGGCGGAAGAGAUUAAUGGGUUCGAUAAAUAUGACUUCUCUAGCUAGAAGCUUCUUUUUCUUAUUGCGACGAAAUAUUUCCAUCCGGAUUGAAGAUCCGCUGUUCGUGCCGAUCGACCUGACAGAGGCUGUCUUCAUGGAUAUAUUGUGGAAUUUCUUGCAACUGCUGCAAGAUGGUGUGUUAGAAUGCAUUUUGGUGAAAGUGGGAGUGUUUAUAUAGGACUCUGGAAAUUGAGGACUGCGGAUUGGUGCAUGAGUUGAGAACAUUCUGUCUACUGUGCAUGAUCAAGCUAGGCGCUUCUAAUCAGAAAGGUGAAACUGAAAGUUGAGGUUCAGGCUGAUCAGGUUGAGUAACAGAAUGUAAGGGAGCUGCGAAGUAGCUGAAUUUUCAUUGUUGCAGACCAUAUAUAUGUAGCCUUUCAUGCAGGUUCUCUUUAUUGCUGUAAGGUCUUGAGAAAGAAAGUUUGCCUAGAUCACGGACAAGCUAAUUGAGGAAAAAUUUUACAUAACAAAAGUUCUAUUAGUUUC